GACAAAACGUGUGCGGGACGUGAUGUUUAUGAGCAUAGGGACCUUUCGUAUAAAUCAAGAACUCCCUCGUCUUCUUCUUCCUCAAUUUCUGGGUGAUCGUAAAACCCUAGAACCAAUCUCGUUCACGAUUUCGUUCAAUUAACAGCUCGAAUUGAUUGAGUGAAUUGCAAUAUUGUAUGGCGAGUUUUGAGGGGAGGGUUUCGUUUUCGUCCCUUCCUAAGAUAGAGAAAAGCAAUACCCAAUUCCACUAUGCUGAUGAUGACUUCAUCGAUGCCGAAUGGCCUGUGCACGAAGGCGGAGGCGGUAUGACUUACCCAUCAGUUUCAAAAGCUGAGAAGCAAGAUUAUUCGUAUCAAUUUCCCCCGGAAUUUGAUAGUUUUGGAGAUGACACUGGAUAUGAUUCUAGCCAGGAGCAUUGUGGUUCUGGGGAGAUGGGUGGGCCGCCGGAGGUGAACUUGAAGAAUGUGUUGACCGGGAUGAUUGCCAUUGUGACUGGCCGGAACAAAGUUGCUCCCGGUGAAACACCUGAGCAGCAGCAGCAGCAACCCACUUCGAAUGUUUCAUUUCUCGGCGCAGAAAAGAAUGGUGAUACUUACUUGCAUUCCUCGGUUUACACGCCCAGUGCCCCGCCCCUUUUUGAGCCGGUUGCCUUUAAUUAUAGUGCAUACAAGGAAAUUUUGGAGGCUGAACCCCCUGAAUGGCUUCCUGACAGUUCGAGUAUAGUUUGCAUGCAGUGCACUUCUCCUUUCACUGCCUUAACUCGUGGGAGACAUCAUUGCCGAUUCUGUGGGGGGAUUUUCUGCAGAACAUGUAGUAAAGGAAGGUGCUUGUUGCCUGUCAAGUUUAGGGAGAGGAAUCCGCAGAGGGUCUGCGAUGCCUGCUAUGACAGGUUGGAUCCUUUGCAGGGUAUUCUUAUUAACAGCAUUAGCAAUGCUGCACAAGCAGCAAAGCAUGACGUCAUGGAUUGGACAUGCACAAGAGGAUGGUUAAAUCUUCCUGUUGGUUUCUCCAUGGAACAAGAGAUAUACAAAGCAACCAACACAUUGAGAAGUUACUCCCAGGUUUCUAGGCUGAAUCCGGAGAGGUCCAUACCCUUGGCUGUUCUCAAAGGAGCCAAAGGCCUGGCAAUCCUAACCGUUGCUAAAGCUGGUGCACUACUUUCUUACAAACUUGGUACUGGUUUGGUGGUUUCUCGAAGGUCAGAUGGAUCAUGGUCUGCUCCAUCAGCCAUAUGUUCUGUUGGCUUAGGAUGGGGUGCACAGAUUGGGGGUGAGCUCAUGGACUUCAUCAUUGUCCUUCCUGAUAUAAAAGCUGUGAAAACCUUUUGUAGUCGCAUGCAUUUCUCUCUUGGUGCUGGGUGUAGUGCUGCAGCAGGACCUAUUGGUAGAGUACUAGAAGCAGAUAUGCGUGCUGGAGACAGGGGUUCUGGAAUGUGCUAUACAUACAGUUGUAGCAAAGGUGCAUUUGUAGGAGUAUCAUUAGAAGGAAAUGUUGUUGCCACAAGGAUGGAUACAAAUCUUCAAUUUUAUGGCGACCCUUACCUGACGACUAAUGAUAUACUUCUUGGGACAGUGGAAAGACCAAAGGCCGCGGAGCCCCUGUAUGGGGCCCUUCAAUCCCUCUACUCCAGUCUACAGUCCUAGAUAAUUUAGUUGCUUCUGAUCGACUACUUGGUCAAGUUUUAUGUUUAAAACAGUAAAUUGGCUUAAGAAUUCCGAUCUUCAUUUGUUGCCUUUGUCAAUUGUAUAUGAGAAAUUUAUAGGCAUUGGUUUAUACGUUUGGUCAUUAACGCUUUACCCUCCCCCUAUUGUGAGUUCACUUGGAACUGCUCUUGUAUAUAAGCAAAAAAAUUUGUAUUUACUUUGGCCUGAGUUC